UGUUUCCACUCACGAGUUGCUGUCAGUCUGUAAUUUCACUUCCACGAGUGAGGUACCACCUCAGUAUUCCGGCAGAUUCCCGUGAACUGCCAACAACUCGAUCGAAAAAAAAAAUCGUCCAUCAACAGUAAAUCGUGGAGCACCUGAUCCCGAGGGGAAAAUCAUCAGGAGCGGAUAAAGAUCUCAUCGCCCGCGCCUCACACCCUCGGAAAAUGUGGCCCAAAGACGUGGGGAUAGUCGCCCUGGAGCUCUACUUCCCCUCGCAAUACGUGGACCAAACGGCCCUCGAGAAAUUCGACGGCGCCUCCCCGGGAAAAUACACCCUCGGUCUGGGCCAAUCGAAAAUGGGUUUCUGCAACGACCGAGAGGACAUAAACUCCCUCUGUCUGACGGUGACCCACCGCCUCCUAGAGCGCUACAAGAUCCCCCCGGAAAAAAUCGGUCACCUGGAGGUCGGCACCGAGACAAUCCUCGAUAAAUCUAAAUCCGUCAAGUCCGUGCUGAUGCAGCUGUUCGAGCCCUUUGGGGUGACCGAUGUGGAAGGCGUCGACUCGACGAACGCCUGCUACGGCGGGACAGCUGCUGUCUUCAACGCGAUAUCCUGGGUGGAGAGCAGCGCCUGGGACGGAAGGUACGCCCUGGUGGUAGCUGCCGACAACGCAGUCUACGCGAAGGGAUCAGCACGACCCACAGGGGGUGCUGGUGCCCUGGCGAUGCUCAUCGGGCCCGACGCGCCCCUAGUCUUCGACAGGGGGCUCAGGGCCUCGUACAUGCGACACGCCUACGACUUCUACAAACCUGAUCUCCGGUCGGAGUAUCCGGUUGUCGAUGGCAAGCUCUCGAUCCAGUGCUACCUCAGUGCACUCGACAAUUGUUACCAGAAGUACUGCGAGAAAUUCGAGAGGAAGACGGGGGGGAAGGUGACCCUGAGGGACUUCGACGCCGUCCUCUUCCACUCGCCGUACUGCAAGCUCGUGCAGAAGAGCUUUGCGAGGCUGGCCUUCGUGGAUUUCCUGAGGCUCAAGAGGGACGAGGUCCUGGAGAAACUCCCGGAGCUGGAGAGGCUCCACGGGGCGCGCCUCGAGGAGACGUAUUUCGAUCGCGAGGUCGAGAAGACCUUCAUGGAGAGGAGUCUCAAGGACUUCGAGGCGAAGACCAAGCCCAGUCUGUUCAUCGCUAAUUUAGUCGGGAAUAUGUACACUCCGAGUGUUUACUCCGGGCUCGUGUCCUUGUUGAUUAGCAGGGGGGUGGAGGAACUCGUGGGGAUGAGGGUGGGAGUGUUCUCCUAUGGGUCGGGGCUGGCUUCCAGCAUGUACUCGAUCACGGUGAGGGGCGGAGAGGGCGAGGGGGGCUUGAGGAGGCUGGUGAAGGCCCUUGGAGGGGUCAGGGGGCAGCUGGAGGGGAGGAGGUGUGUGGAGCCGGAGGAGUACACGAGGGUGCUGGAGGUCAGGGAGAGAAACUGCCACACUGUGCCCUAUCAACCGGAGGGGAGUGUCGAGGGCAUGUUCCCGGGGAGCUAUUAUCUGGUGGAGGUCGACGAGAUGCACAGGAGGAGGUACCAGAGGGUCCCCCUCGAGGGAUGAUCUGCGGGGGGUUGUCGAGGAUUUUUCGGGGAGGAGGGAGCGUUCAGGGAGAAAUGGGUAUUCGAUGUUUUUGUCUGGAAGCAGUUGUUGAAUAGAUGAGAGGGUGAGGGUUGGGGGGGUGAUUUGACGUUUUGAAGAUUAUCUCUGAGGUGAUUCUCGGGGGACUUUGACGACAUGAUCCUCCACUUUGCCAGGCUGGCCUUCGUGGAUUUCCUGAGGCUCAGGGACGAGGUCCUGGAGACACUCCCGGAGCUGGAGACGCUUCAGAGGAGGUUUUUGGAGGAUUUUUCGGGAACGGGUGGAGGGGGAAAUUCGAACGAUUCGAUUUUGGUGCCUGGGAGCAAUUCAGUAGCGAAUGUUUUGUGAAUAUUUCGGAUUCUGAGGGAGAUAGCGAAAUUUUCGUAAUUACAUUUGUU